GGGUUUGAGUGUCUAGAAUCUGUUUAUUGAUUUGGUACUGCUAUGAAUGGUGCCUCCACCUUGACUGAUUCGCUUGUUAGAGAACAUUUGUUAUUUCGUGGUCUUUACAAUGCGCUCAAAGCCUUCGAUCAGGACUCCAAAUCCGGAAAAGACCUGAAGCUUCAGGUCGACAAGUUUGUGGCGGAUUCCUUGUUAGCUAUUGAUAAUCUGGACAUAGAUACUUUAAAAUCAUUGUGGGAUUUAUGGAAAUCUAAAGUCUUCAAUUCUUUGUCAGGUGAAAAUGCACGGUUGACUGUCGUUUACGAAACAGAUAUUUAUCGGUUAUAUCUAGUCAAAUGUAUGGAGAAUAAACGUAUGGAUAAAUGUAAUCAGUUUUUCCUCAAAUGCGCUGCCCUUACCCAAAACAACCCUCUCUGGAGCGAGUGGUUCGCGUUUCCCUACCAUCCGAAACCAGAAUCAUGUCAAGCAUAUCGGAAAUACUACAGUCAUGAGUGGAGAGAGAUUUUUGUGAUAUCCCUCCAUAAUUUUGUGCGUAUAGCCGUCCAGUCAUCUCCAAGAUCUCAUUUAAUACGAAUGGUCGAACAAUUGUCUGAAGAAGUGGAGUCCUCGAACUUGGAUCGCUCCCAUGGUGCUAUUUGUCUAAAUCCCUUUGAUGACGAACUAAUGGAUGAUUUUGCGGUUAUCGCUCAGUGCUCGGGUUCAAUGAAGAUGUCGGCUUCGAAGCCCUCUUUGAAAGCUUUCUUCAAGAAUCUGACAGGCGGAAGUAAAAAGAACAUCAGCUCGGAUUAACUCAUCUGUGAUUUUUGAUUUUCGUGUCUGUACAUAGUAAUGUAAACAAAAGUAAAUCUAUACUGCGAAA